GAAUGGACGAUAUGCUUACUCUGUUUCUCCUCUGCGGCUAUGGGAGGUGGUUAAAGGCUAGAUGAGAUAACCCUAAAUCGGGGCUCAAGACUGAAAGAUACUGAAAAAGGUAUUUUAUAACUGCACUAAGGAAGCAACUGAACACACCUGGAAGCCAUUCAUCCCAAACAUUGUGGGGAGCUAUGUAAAAAAAACGUGCUGUAAUUUAUACACGUGGGACAACGAGCAGAUCGAGCCACUUCACCAGGAGCUGAACGCCUGCAAGGAAUCUGCUUCCUCAGUGAGCAAUCUGUGUGAGGAAUCAUCCAACUGACGAAUAGAGGAUGCAGUGCAAAAUACUGAGAAGUAUCUAAUGCUGAAAGAGACCAAUCUAACAGCAUUGUCCAAGGCUUGAAGGACAGGCAGCCUUGCUGAAUAUCUGAAAAAAUAAGGAGAGGAGGCUGAUAAUCAUGGCUGAGGAAUGUGAAAACAGGGAAGACGAGCUGGCAGAGAUGUCUGUGAAGGAACUGACAGCUAUGUCUGAACAGUAUAAGAGGAACGAGAAGAAGCUGGUAGCCAUGGCUUCCAUGUUUGAGAGGAAGUUUGUGGCCAUGACACAACUGUGCCAGGCCAAGGAGGAGGAACUGGCGGACAUGACCACGCUCUACGAGUCCACAAUGGGCGAUCUGGAGGCUGAGACAUGGCGUGGACAACAGACUUUGUUAAGUCUGGGGGCCAUGAUGCAGCUCUUUCAGGACAAGGAGCAGGAACUGGCUGCCAUGGCUUUACAGGUUCAGACGAGUGAGGAGAAGCUGGCAGCCAUCACAGAGGAGUGCCAGGCCAAGAAGGAUAAACUGGUAGAUGUGACCAAGCUGUACGAGGCCACAGUGGACAAGCUGGUGGCUGAGACACAACGUGGACAGGAGAGAUUACAAAGGCUAGAGACCAUGACACAGCUCUUUCAGAGCAAGGAGAAGGAGCUGGCGGCCACAUCAGAGUUGUUCCAGGCCAAGGAGGAUAAACUGGCAGAUUUAACCAAGCUGUACGAGGCCACAGUGGACAAUCCAUUGGCUGAGACACAACUUGGACGGGAGAGGUUGGAAAGCGUGGAGACCACGACACAGCUCUUUGAGAACAAUGAAAAGGAGCUGGUUGCCAUGACUUCAAACUUUAAGCUGAGUGAGGAGAAGCUGGUGGCCAUGGCAUAGCUCUGCCACGUCAAUGAGGAAGAGCAGAAGGAUAUAGGAGCUGUGCUACAAGGAGGAGACUGUUCUGCAGCAGUAGGUAUAUUAGGUAUGGUGGCUGUGAAGGGCUUUGAAAAUUAGUCAACAGCUGCUGGAGUCCUGUUUAGGAAUGAUGGGUAGGUUGCAUGUGGGACUUCUGCUCUCUGACAUAAGGGAAGCACAGUUGUUUUCGAAAUCAAAAUCUUUUCUUAUUACUUGUAUGUCAAUUCUCCCCUCCUUUGUUUUUGGUUUUAGAAAAGAAUGGUCUGUCACGGUUCCAGUGUCAUUGCCCUGAUUGGAUACAACAGUAUCACAUGAUUGUGCAUGGUGGGAGCAGCUUUUGUGCUUGAGCAGUUGGAGUUUUUUGA